AUAAAGUGUAAUAGUGAAAAAAAUAUAUCAAUCUGUUAGCAUGUAUAUAUUCUUUUAAUAAAUAAAUUAUGAGCAAUUUAUUUCAUAUACAGCGUGUCAGAAUACUGUACAAAACAAUUUUAAGGUUACAUCGUGGUUUACCACCUGAAAUUCAAGUUUUAGGAACAAAUUACGUUCGAGAUGAAUUUAGAAGACAUAAAAAUUGUAACGAAGAUAUAGCAAUUAUAUUUAUGAAUGAAUGGACAGAGUAUGCUAUAAUGCUUACAAAACAACUUGGGCUAAAAGGACCACAUACAGCUAAACCUUUAGGUCAAAAUUUAAAAGAAGAAGAUUUUAAUAAAUUUAGGGAUGAACAAUUACAUCAAUUAUAUGAACUAAUGAUUGCAUCAACUGGUAAAAUCAAUAAAAAUAUAAAAAACACAUAAUUUAUUCUUUCUAAAAUGUAUUGUAUAAUAAUAAUAUUAAAGAUAUAAUAUUGUAUAUAAUAUA